AUGAAAUCACUACGCGAACAACUGUUGUGGUGUGUCCUGCCCACCUUCCUGCUGCUGCUCGUCUAUCAAUUAUUGCUUACACACGCCUACUUGCGCAGCGUACGCAUUGAGGAGAUACCUUUUGGUCGAGCCGAUGCCGGCGAGGAGCAACAACAAAAGGAUGCGCGUUUAUUUGGUCAAAGGACGAGCGGAGGGGGCGGCGGAAUUCAUGCAAUCUCUAGUCUGGAGCAGCGGCGUGGUUUCUUUCAUAUUUUCAAUAUACCGUAUAUAGUUUGUUUCUUUGCCGCCAAAGGCAAAUGGCCGUUCAUACCGAACUUCAUGCAGGGGCGUGUGGAUGCCACAGCUAGAACAUUCUUCAAACAAAAUGAUAGUGUCAUUAAGCAAUUUUGUCACAAGUGGAUACAGAUUAAGGAGUGUUUUAGACCGUUAUUCGCAACGGCAACCACCUUGAGUGACGUGGAAAUGCUGGGACCUGUGCGCUCCACGCCCUGUACUUGCGCAAAUACGAAUGAGCCGAUUGUCUAUUUCGAUAAGGAUCACAUUGGCAAUGUUAGUCGGGAUACGAUUUUAAGCACCAUUGAAUUUUUGGAGACUUUCCUCCCACCACCACAAACGCCACCCACAAAGAAGUCGAAGAAGAAAAUUCGUGUACGUAGUCGAGUGGAUGAAAUGGAUAUUGACUAG